CCCAUUUGCAGUAUAUUUUUCCGCGAACCGUUUCACUCGCUCACAUAUUCUGGCCGUUCCAAAGUCGCUCCAAACGGCACUGCGCUUGCAGAAGCUCAAGGGUCUGGAGAGAGCUCAUCUCUUUCUCCGAUUAUGCGAUCGAUUCCAACGUCCACCAUUUUCUCACACUGGUCUACACCACGGUCAUCUCUCACCGUGUCUCUAGUGCAUGCCCUCUAUCCGUGCCCAGCGGCUAUAUUGGCAUACCUCGAAAUCUUCGCUAUCCAAGGAUAUAUUCCUGCGCAAUAUGAAAUUACGAAUACAAGCCCACGGCCGAUUCUCGCCCGUCAACGAAACUUUGGACCACCGCUUCCUGCAGGGAGACUCGCCUUGUACGGUUCUUGUUGAGCAUAAGACUGAGCCUAACUCUCUUACCGACAUGGGGACCCCUGUGAAGCAACGUGGAAAGUGUUCCUGACGCGCCGGUGCCGCGCACAUUUCCUGGGCUCGGCGUGGGGCCCAUGCAGUUUGCCAGGAUCUCGCUACGCGAUCGCCACGCAGCUGACGCACUUAUAUGCGUCCUUCGGCUCCAGUAGCCCGGUCGCAGGGUAUUGGACGAAAGCGUUAACGGCUAGGCUAAUCCGUCACUAAAGGUUUCCGUGCCCAACGCCACUGCCGUGCAUGGUAGCUGUGACCAAUGUUACUGUACAGUGACAGCGUUGCCGAGUACUAGAACUUGAGGAUGCCGACAGAAUUACGACAAAGAACCUGAUAUUCGAGCUACAUGUGACGGCGCAUAUCUGAUCUCCAACCCAUUCACUGGAGACUGACAAGCUGAGAUGCACCUGUGUGGUAAU